GCCUGUAUGGGCCUGUAUGUCGGCCGGAUGAGAGGUGAUAUGCUGCCGGAGCAGAAUACACUGCGUGUGUGACGAAGGGACGAGAAUGGUCUACCUGAAACGGGCCCUCCGACUCUACCUUCAGCAGGCUCCUCUGGAUGCGCUCGUGGGGGAGCUCAAAGCUUCCGCGGCAGAAAGCCGGAGGGAGGACGAAACUGGACUUCCGUCGUCGUCGUCGUUGUGGACCUCCCUUGGUUUUCAGGAGAGGGUUGCGGCGGAGCUGCUUGACUGUCCAAUCGCGGCGGAGUUUCCUCCUCGCUUGGAGUACGUCUCCCGGGUCACCAAGGUUCUUCUAGAGGCAGUCGAGACGGCAGGAGACGAGCCCGCCGAGGGUCUCCUACUGGCCAGGAUGGCCGACGAGACAGCGUUCGAAUCGUUCUGGUUCCCUCGCCGCGCCGCACUCUGCGACGGCUUCAGCACCGGCAGUGAUUGCUCUGCCAAGGGUUUCCAGGAAGAGGAAGGCGGUGCGUUCUUUUCGUUCCGAGUGGCCAACCGGGACAACGAGGUGGGAUUUUUUUCGGGAGUUGUGUGUUUUGCAGUUGGUGGGUAG